CAGCUCACAUCACACACACGACCACAGCUCUCGCUCGCUCGCUCUCCCUCUCUUUUUGUUUAAAUGAUCGCUCUUUCUCUGCCGCUCCCCAGCCCCCCAUCUCCACAGUGUGCAUGACUCCUGGCCGGAGGGCCGAGUCCCCCGUGCCUUUCCAAUGUGUCUCCUCUUACUGGGUCCUGAGCCGGUCCCCGGGCGAUAGCCACCGCUUGCUUCCCAUUUUUGCAAGAAGAUAUUUCCCUCCCCCCCCCCACUUGGUUUGCUCCUGCUCUGCUUGCCGCGGUCCCCCCUCCUGGCAUUUGUAGGGCUGCAAUUCACCCUCUCUCCCUCCUUCCCCACCCCCCCUCUUGAACUGCUCCGCGUUACUAGCGAUCCCUGUUCCCAAAGCGUACGGGAGAGAAGAGAGGAGAGUCCCCCCCCGCGCCGCCGCCGCCGCCACCACCACCACCACCACCACCACCGCUACCACCAUCACCUCCUCCUCCUCCCCUUCUCUCCUUUUUGGCAGCACCAGGACGUCCGGUGUGUGGUGGUGGCAGCGGGCGGCGAGCGCUCGGGUUGAAUCCCCCCCCCCACCCCCCUUAGCUCUCAAGGUGCUCGGAGCGAUUGUUCCCGGCUGAGCAGCAGCGGCGGCGGCGGCAGGAUGAGCACGCGAGGGGAAGGAGCCGGCCAGCCUUCCACUUCCACCGCUGCCCAGGAGCAACCUGCAGCCACAGCGCCUCAGAAGAGAGGACGGGGCAGACCCAGGAAGCAGCCACAAGAACCAGCUGGAGAACCAUCUCCUAAAAGACCAAGAGGAAGACCAAGAGGAAGCAAAAACAAGAGUCCCUCUAAAGCAGCUCAGAAGAAAGCAGAAGCCACUGGAGAAAAACGACCCAGAGGCCGACCCAGAAAAUGGUGGAAGAAUAAAAGAGAAAGCCCUGUCUCCCCCACUGACACUCACGCUGAUGGUCUUGGCUGGGGAACAGAUACUGUUGGCAGAGAUCUGAGAGGAACUCACAGUGGUAGCAGAAGAAAAGAAUUUGGCAGGGAGCCGCAACAAGUGGUUCAGAAGAAGCCUGCUCAGGAAGAGACUGAAGAAACUGAAGAGACGUCCUCACAAGAAUCUGCAGAGGAAGAAGACUAAGAGACCACACCAUUCGAUUUCUACCUCAUCAGCAGUUGGGUCUUUUGAAGGGAGAAGACGCUGCCUUGACCACUUAUUUUCUAUGCCAUGGUCUUUCCACUUAUGCCUUGGGGAGGGGGGGGAAAUCACAUAACCUUAAAAAAGACUAUAUUAAUCACCUUCUUUGUAAUCCCUUCACAGUCCCAUGUUUAGUGAAAAACUGCUGUAACACAAAGGGGACACAGAUUACCGAUGCAACUUUUAAUUAUUGUUUUCUUUUUUCUUAACCUACUAAUAGUUUGUUUGAGCUGCUAAGUAAGGGUGACUGGGUCAGGAAAGCUUUGAAUAAGAUUUAAGUCAUUCACUGCACUGCAUAUAAACAAGAGACUUGUAACAUAAUUAAAACGGGCAUUUAAAUAGGAAAGGCUUGGUGUGUAACACCAUUGGCCUUACAACACGUCCAAGAACCCACUCCCUAGCUUAGUAAACUCCCUGUUUAGAACACCAAAGAUAAGGGAUAGAUACUACUCUUUUUUUUGUAACCUUCUUGUAGAUUUGUACUUGAUUUUUUUUUAAACUUACUGUUAUUUCAGGAAGAAUUGGGAGCUGAUUUUUCACUUAAUUCAGCCGAUAAUCAAAAGAAAGGAAAAAUAGGUACUUUCAUUUUGCAAAAGGGAAGAAAGACAAAGAUACGUUGUAUACUUUACAGAUACAAACAUAUCAGCAGAAGUAGUAAUAAACAAAACUCACAGCACUCAUCUUCAGGAAACUAGAAAUUCAGGUAGACUCAGCUUCCUGCAGAGCCAGACACGUUUUACAGAACUAGAGGUGACUAACACCAAAACACUCUCAAGCCAUAUAAAGACAUAGGUUUAUCAAUUACAGUGGUUUUGGAGGAAAAAAUCAGGAAAAGGUACCCCAGAACGAAUCAGGAACUUACCUGAACCAAGAAAAAAAUGGUUUGUGUGACCUCACCUAAUUUCACCCCUCAUGUAUCAAUAUUUCAAAGGGAAUGAAUCUCUUCUCAUUACUCACCAGUUUUGAUGUAAGAAUCAACACCAUGUACCUCAAGUGAGCUUGUGUAUUACUUUAAACAAUAUACGUUGACAUAGGAUGGUUCACUGGGCAGUUUUACUCCAGUGACAUUUCUCCAUCUUUUUCACUCAAAGCAGCACUUUUAGCAACAGAUGCAAUAUUACCCCACUAUUCAAUACUACCUCUGAUUUUUACAAUUAACUCAACAGCCUGAUAAAUACAUGCUGCUAUACACAUACAAUGCAGGAAAUUAUUUUUGGGUAAAUAAUCAUGAAUAUCUGUAUUUUCUCCUUAUUUUUUCUUCAACACUUAAUGACGCAAUAUUUUCAAUGUGUUUCAGCAUGACUAUGUAUUUUUCUUUUUUUAAUGUACUUAUUCCUAUUCUCUGCUAGAUUUCUGUGUAAUGUACUGUUAACUUGAAUAUAUUUUUGUACUGAAUUACUCAUAGGUUUGUAAGGAUAAUUUUCAAUGACACUACAUGACAUAGAAAAAAUUAGUUGUAAUGUUUAAAUAUUACUGUCCAAGUUUGUACCUCAAAUGAAUUGUUUAAAGAAAUGGACUAAUCGAUUGACAAAGACCUACCUCCAGACUUUAAAUGGAAUGAACUUGUUACUUUCAGCAAUAGUUUGAGAUGUUUGAAACAGUUAGGACUGCAACUAAUCCCUAAUUCAAAACUAUUUUUUGUAAAAGAACUUUGCUGGAAAUGAACACAUUUUAAAUUACUUUCAUAUUAAAAACAAAAAACAAAAAAAAACCUUCAAAGAAACUUGAAGCUUUGUAGGUGGGAAGCAACAAGCUCAGCUUUUGCAUAAUGCAAUCACAAAUAUGUGUGUUUUUUUAAAAACAAAUUAGUAGAUUGUAAGAAAAUACUUGACAAGUAUUUUCAUGUAUUUUACACAAAUGUGAUUUUUGUAAUAUGUUUCAAACCUGAUUUAUUUUAAAUGCUUCUUAUGUAGAGUUUUUUUAUUCCUUUCUUUCUCUCGCUCUCUCUCUAUCCUAGUCAGUAUAUCUGCUUUGUGACAUUGUAAUAUUAACUGGGCCGGGGGUAGUUUCUCAGGAAGGCUUCUAUCGGUAUGGCUUUAGUACUGAGCCAAAUGCACCUAAAGAUAACUACUUACUGGAUUCUUCAGUGAUACAGUGAUAUCAGGAAACAAGGAUCUCCUCAAAAGACUGCAGAGGGCUCAUUCUCAGGGAUUGCUGAGAAAGAGCUGAUCAGAGUAGUAAAACUAGACAUGUUAAUGUUAACUAAACAAGGGAUAAUCAUAUCCAUUCUGCAGCUCAUUAAAGACUGCAGCCAUUGCCCAUUGAAGUCAAUGGAAGGACUCCAGUUGACUUCAAAGGACGCUGGAUCAGGUCCUAACAAUUUCAUGUUCAGCAAAUGCAUUUUGUUUUUUUUAAAAACACAGUGUUCAACAGAUGAAACAGAAGUAGUUGAUGCAUGUGGAUCUAGCUCCGAGGGACUUACAGCUCUGAUGAAGUUCAUCUUAUAUUGUCUAUAUAUUGUAGUACAAUCAAAAUACAUUACUACCUCUUAGGGCCUACUAUACCUCAUUUUUCAGACUGAAAACUGCUUGUGGCCAUUGAAACAGUGAGAACAUCAUAAAAUUUUUUAUAUAUAUAGUUUAUUUUUAUGGGAGAUAAAUUUUAUAGGACUGUUCUUUGCUGUCAUUGGUCACUAGUAAAUAAAACUGGACAUUAAACUUUUCUACCAUUUCUUCAAGAUAGGUAUGUUUGCAGUUUCAAGAUGUUUAACUGCAGUUUACUGUUUUCCUGUUCCUUUUUUGCUUUGUUCUUCAUGUAGAGUUGCUGCCUAUGAUUGUACUUUGAAUCGCUUGCUUGUUGAAAAUGGUCCUUUAAUGGAUUAUCACAGUCUGUUUGGCACAAUAAACAUAAUAGCCUCUGUGAUCCCCAAGUUGUUUGAUUCUUAGACUUUUGUCACAGCUCCAUGAAAUGGGUAAUAAAGUUUGGUCAC